GUUUUGUUGUUUAUUGAUUAUCGCUGGCUAUGGAAUGGGAUGGGAUCCGAUGGAGACUGCAGAACACAUCACCUCCAGCCCCAGACUGCAGUGUUUUUAAUUAUUACCCUCAAGUUGGGCAGUAUUGCCCAUGUGACCUGUAAGGCCUUCUGGGAAGUCUGGGUGACAAAGUGAGGAAUACUGCUGUGCAGAGGAGCAUCUUUGGAAACUGCAUGGUGGCACUGGGACAACUAGGUGCUGCUGGGUCAAGGUGGUAUAUGUCUGAUCAGAACUGCAGCACAACACACCUGCUAUGUGGGUGGCUUAUCCCCACCCACUGUGAAGCACUGACCAUUGAAGAGUAACUGGAGUGCUACAUUGAAGUGGAUAUACUCUACUCGGCACCACAAAGCCUUCCUCAAAAUCGCCGUAGCGGUGCCCUCGAGGGAGUCAGCAUCGACCGUUUCGAACCUCUGAGUGCCACCGUGCUGCAAGGGCCCGCAGCCCUCCCAGCAGUGUUGGAGCGCAGCGCGCGCGCCCACCGCCAUGACCUCCCACUGGAGCGACCCGUCGCUGGCCACGGACGGCGGCGGCGUGGCGCCGGCCGCCGCUCGCCGCCACUCGCUCCUCACGCCGGCCGACCUGGAGUCGGAGGCGCCGCCGCCGGCGCCGUCCGCGCCGCUCCCCACCGUCGAGUGGGUGGAAGCCUGGCUGAGCGGCUGCCUGCCGGGCCGCGACGGCGCCGAGACGGCGUCGACGCGGCGCGCCUCGGCCGCCGCCGACCCCGACGCCGACGCCACCGACGCCGACGAGGUGCGCUCAGCCAAGAGCGACAGCGUCUGCUACCAGCUGCAGCCCAUCGGCGUCUUCUGGGACAUCGAGAACUGCCAGGUGCCCCGCCGCUGCUCGGCCGCCGACUUCGUCUCGCUCAUCCGGGAGCAGUUCUACACCAACUGCUGGGAGGCCGAGUUCAUGUGCGCGUGCGACGUCAGCAAGGUGUUCCCGCCGUCACUGCAGCAGCUCAACGACGCUCAGGUGAACGUGAUGCACGUGCCGGCCACGAGUAAGAACGCCGCCGACGAGAAGGUGAAACAGAGCCUGCGCCGCUUCUCUGACCAGUACCCAGCGCCGGCUACGGUGCUGCUCAUCACAGGCGACAUGAACUUCGCUCCCGAUCUCACGUUCCUGAAGCACAGGAAGAAGCACAGGGUCAUUCUGAUACACAACCGGCAGGCGCGGCCGGCUCUGCUCAACUGCGCCGACGAGCGGCAUCAGUUCGACGACCUGCUGGCGCGCCUGCCCGACGUCCGACAGCAGGAGAGCCGCGGCGGGGACCGACUGUGCUGCCACCUGCGGCUGACCGGCCUGCCGUCUGGCGGCGCCGGCCGCAAGUCCAAGGUGGUCAACGAGAUCCAGAAGCUCGUGUACAACUGCGGCGGCCGCGUGGAGCGCGUCAACCUGACGGCCGGCGACGCCAUCAUUGUUUUUCCGUCGCCUGGCAACGCCGCCAGGGCCAAGCACCGGCUACACCACGUGGUCAUCUGCGGGUCUCAGACGUUCGUGCAGUUCCACUACAAGACCGGCCAACGUUCCCGGCCCAGCCGGCUCUCCUCCAGCGGCGAGGUCGCCAUGGUGCAGGAGAGCGGGCCGCUCUCGGCCGAGGGGCGCGGCUCGCCUGCCGUGGGCGGGCCGGGCGGCCUGGACGGGCCCGUCGAGCUGACCGUGACCAACCUGGACGCCAGUCGCCACCCGCGCGACGCCGAGAAGGUCCUCUACGACCUGGCCAUCCGUCACGCCAAGGUGGAGAGCGUGUCGGUGUACUGCCAGUCGGACGGCUCGCUGGUGGGCACCAUCUCGGUACCGACGCUGUACGACUCGCAGGCGUUGAUCGCCGAGAUGCACCGCGCCGUGGUGGGCACCAAGCGCAUCAUGCUGGCGUACGCCCGCACCGACCGUCCCGACCCGUACAAGAUACGGACGCAGGUGAUUCGGCUGCUGAACGACGUGCCAUCGGGCCAGCUGCCGCUGGUGAAGUUCAUGGAGCUGUACGAGCAGCGCUUCCACAACACCGUCUCCAUCGCCGACCUGUUCAGGAUGCGCGAGACUGUGACGGUGGUGGACAGCAGCAGCGGACGCGUUAUCCAGCUGAAUCCGAUGCUGAAGACCCAGGACCAUGGCUGCGGCGUCCGACCGCCGGCCGCCUCGGCGUGCGCGCGCGACGACCCCAGCGUGCUGCCCAACAGCGACGUGGCACUGGAGGAGCUGGAGCGCGUGGUGCGCCACCUUCUGGAGACGCACGACGGCCUGCUGCAUCUCUCCAGCCUGCUGGACUGUUACGCGGCCGAGUUCCACGACCCGGCGCUGGCGCGGCUGCGGCUGGACCCGGCCGCCGUCUGCCUGGAGCACCUCAUCACCUGCCUGGCCGACGUGCGCGUGGUGACGCGCGGCCAGGACAAGCUGGUGGUCUGGGCACGUGACUCGCCCGAGGACGAGCCGGCCCCGGUGAACCCCAGCCUGCAGCAGAAGGUGGUGCUGUUCUCGCGCGAGGUGGUGGACCUCCUGCGGGCGGCGCCGCGAGCCCGCAUGCCCUUCAACAGGUUCAUCCCAGCGUACCACCAUCACUUCGGUCGGCAGUGCCGCGUCUCCGACUACGGGUUCACCAGGCUGGCCGACCUGUUCGACGUGUUGCCGCAGAUCGUGCAGGUGCUGGGCUGCGGUCACCGUCGCGUCAUCACGCUGACGCCGCGCGCCCAGGAGCGCCGCUUCCUCUCGGACCUGCUGCGCGUGCUGAAGGCGCAGCACUCGAAGCAGCUGGCCGUGACGGCCCUGCCGCAGGCCUUCUCCGAGGUCACCGGCCGCGAGUUCACCGUCUGGGACUACGGCGCCACGCGGCUGCACACGCUCCUCUCGACCGUCAACGGCGACAGCGUGGUGGUGUACAAACAGGACGGUGAUCUGCGCGUGGCCAUACCGCGUCGCGAGCAGACGCCCGAGGAGAUGCAGAAGACCAAGCACUUCGCCACGGAGGUGAAAGAGCUGCUGCGACACGUGCCGUUCUGCCAAAUGCAGUUCAACAAGUUCAUCCCGGCGUACCACCACCACUUCGGCCGACAGUGCCGCGUCUCCGACUACGGCUUCGGCAAGCUGGCCGAGCUGUUCGAGGCCGUGCCAGACACCGUACAGGUGACCUCUGACGAGGACGGCGAGAAGCUGAUCCAGCUGACGCGGACCGCUCUGCGCUCAGUGCUCUCGGACCAGCUGGUGACGCUGCUCCAGAACGCGGGGGUGGAGUCGGUGGGCCUGGAGGAGCUGUGCGCCCUCUUCCUGCGCGAGUUCGGCUACCGGCUCAACCCGACGCUGUACGGCGGCGCCACCAUGGCGCAGCUGCGCUCGGUGGUGCGGCUGGGCGGCGCUCCUGAUGCGCCCCGGGUGUUCCUGGUCAACCGCCAGCACCUGCGGCAGGCCGCCGUCAACGUGCGGACCCUGCUCAUGGAACAGGUGGAGCAGCACGGCCGCCGGUUCCAGCGGGCGCUCAGCCUGGACGCGCUCACCGGCGACCUGCAGCACGUGGUCAAGGUGGAGGCCGCGUCGCCGGGCGGCGGCCGCGUCGUCUCGCUCCUGCCGAUCCAGCUGCUGGCGCGUGACGUCAUCCGGCUGCUGCGUCGCCACGGCAACCGUCUGCUGGUGUCUGCGUUCCACUCGGCGUACCUGGCCGAGUUUGGCGUGGCGGCGCGGCCGGCCCAGUUCGGCUUCCAUAGUGCGCUGGCGCUGCUGGAGGCCAUCGAUGACACGGUCUUCCUGCGCGGCAGGGGUGCCCAGCGCUACGUGCACCUGCUGCGGGAGUUCAGCGGCGAGGGGGGCUCGGGAGACGGCCGACCGCCGGCGAAGCAGGAGGCUCGGGCGGCCGGCCUUCAAUGA